CUUUUUCGCUAUCAGAGCCCUUCAGGAACUUCGGCCAGCAAGGCUUUCCUGAAGGCCUCUGCAGCCGAUAAUAGAGUUCCGGAUUGAUCUGGAGCUCUGUAAUCAGCUACAGAGGCUUUCAGGAAAGCCUUGCCAGCUGCAGAAGAAAUGGGCCGAGGUGUGCGAGGCCUGGCUGCAACUGUCCAAAGGUAAGCAGUAGGACAGCUCCACCCCCCCAUCCCCUAGCUUAAUUAACCCUACCUUAAUUUUUACCUGUGCACCCUGGAGUGGGCGUGGUUUUAAUUAGGGCUUAUUUUGGGCUCACAUGUAAAAAUCAAGCUAGGACUUACUUUCUGAGUAGUUCGUAUUUUCGGGGAAACACGGUAGUUCAAAUUGACUUUGAUUUUGAACGAUAGAAAGGAAUAAAGAUGUGCAGAACAUUUGAUCUUCAACUGCUCCAGAUAUAAAAUUUCAGGAGUCAUCCUGCUCCUAGUACAAAACUGAAACACUUCUGCAAUGCUUGAAACACCUGUGUUUCACAUUUGAAUGAGACAUUUUGCAAAAUAUGUUAAAAUGGUUUAAUGUUUACUUGUAGAAACACCUGAGGCAUAUGGAUAGAGUUAUGUGUAGAACUUUUAAAUAACUGCUACAGAAACAAGGCCUUCAAGUGUCUUAUAAUUUCUUUUCAUAUGAAGUUCUCACUUUCAAAUGCUAAAUUAAGUAGCGGUCUAUACAUGGGAUUAUGUAUUAUUAAAUACAGUUGAUGACAAAAGCUUCACAAUCAUACAAAGUAUAAAAUGUUAGGCACAGCUUGCCAAUAAUAAAAUUAAUCUUAGAUUGUUUUUCUGAAACUAGGAAAUAUUCACAAAGAAAAUAAUGCUCCAAUAUUUUACUAUAGAGUUAUCAGCUUCUCUAGGGAAUUGCAAUGAUCAGAGAUGUGCAAAGCUUACUGUUCCAGAGAUGAAAUGUUUUAGGAAAUAAGGAAAUUUUUAAAAUUUGAAUUAUCAAUCCAGCUAUUUUUGUGGUGCAUUUCUCUGAAUUGUUGCUUUGAAUAUACAGUAGGAAGUUAUAUAGAGACAUCAGAACUAAUGUUUCUCAUAACUUUAUACUAUUGGUUUAAUUACUUUGAAGACCAUCAUUGCAUGGGAAAGGGUUUAGUUUAUUAUAUUCAUAACAAUAUGAUUAUAUUGUUAUAAGAAACUGUUUCUCACUCUACUUGAGCUAGUUGGCUGUGAAAUCCGUUUUGUAAUUUCAGAACAUGUAAAUAAGUGAGCCCCUGUGGUGUUUUCUUUAACUAAAAUAUGCUGUUAUAAGCUUAUGAAGAAAUAUAAUCUAGAAAAGCACUCUUCAUACUUGAACUAAUAAACUGCCCUUUAGAAACUAAAUUCAAAUUGGAAAACGAGCAGGAAGAUACUAGUUUCAAUUACUUUUUCCAUUUGGGAAAAAAAUGUCAUAGCUUGAGUGGUCAAAAGUAUUUCUUAACUACCGUAGUUUGUUUUACUAUUUAAAUACUGAACUAAUUUAAAAAACUUACAGUAAGUGGAACCUGCAGUAUGUAAUGCUUCUAAUUGGUAUCACUCAGUAUUGGGUUUCAAAUCCCGUCGCUACUGGUUCACUCGUGGACGCUCGCCCACGAUGCACCUGCGCAUGUGCAGAGACGUCCGGGCAAGUGGUCCGCCACUAGUUUGCCCGAUCUGGGGUGAACUGGUAGCAAUCCACCACUGGUAUCACCCAUGCUAUCUCCCAGGACACUCCAUUCACCUUUAUUUCCUCCCUUACCUGUCAGUCGACAUUCUGUGCCCACUCAGCAUGCUUAAAAAAUCCUGGAGCAUUCUCAAGAGCAAUGUUCCUCAACUUUAAGAAAAGUGGACUUCAACUCCCAAUGCUGGUUGGGGAAUUCUGGGAGUUGAAGUUCACUUGUCUUACAGUUGCUAAGGUUGAGAAACACUGCUCUAGAGUGUUUUCCACAACAACAACAAGAAAAGUUACUUUCUAGCUGGGAAUUUCCAGGAUUGGUUUACACACACACAUAUACUAUACACAAGCCUCAAUCCUUUUUGUGGAUUUUUGCACCAAAAAUUGACACUUUUGCUGAAAUUCAUUGUAUCUAGAAAGCAACAAAUUUGAGAAACCUGAUGAGAAGAGUCUUCUGAAUACUCCAGACCAUCAUGAAAUCAGUUUAUUUGAUUGAUGAAUACUCAUUUCAUGUGAUUACUUCUGCUAACAAAAUAUGAUUUUGAGAAAAAAAAUCUGCCAGCUAUUCAAAAAAGCAGAUGCUGCUGUAGAAAUAGGUUUAUGAGAAUGCUAAUAUAUCUAAUUUCCUUCCUUAUGCUAAGUCACACUUCUGGAACACACCUCCCAUUCAGGCAUUCUCAUCCUUCUCUCUCCCCCCCCGCCAUCAAUCUUGCAUAAAAUAAAGUAUAUUAUUCAUAGUUUUCCACUGUAAUUUAUAGGCCAAGUUUGUAAUAUUAGUAACAUGUAAAUAUGAGUUUAAAUAGUCUCCGGGGGAUGGUAGAGGACAGGAAGGCCUGGAGGAAAGUUCUCCAUGGGGUCACAAUGGCUUGGACACAACUUCGCAACUAACAACAAAAAUAUAUAUCUUUCUUUACCUUUUCUUAUAACUGAACAAGGUCAGGCCCAAUGCUGAAGGCCCAAUGCUGAAAGAGGAUUUGUAAGAUUUAGAAAAACAAACACAAGAUCUAUUUUAGAUCUCUUGCCUCUUCCAGUUCUCUGUCCUUGUGUUUUUUUUUAUCCUCCUUUUUUCCAUCUUUUCAUCAAAACCGCCCCAGGAUAUUUGGCUGCUUUGCAGUGAAGGAUAAAAUGGUACUAAUUUAUGGUAUUAAUUUCACAUACGUGUGUGAACCGGGCAGUGGUUCAGGCAGUACUGCGCCAUAAUAUAGGGACCUGCAGUCCAACGCCUUCAACCUCCGGGAGUUUAGGAGAAAUGAGUGAAGACCUGGGCUGAUCUUUACAACGCGGACCGAAGCAGGAGUUUCUUAAGAACUACAUUUCCCAGGCUUCUUUAGAUUUAAGCUUCCGUUCCCUGCCUUAACCGCGCCGGGCUUGGGUUGGAGGUGCUGGAGGGGAGGUUCUGACCUGUUUUUGGAAGGAUGAGAGAUUGAUGUGAUUGCGGGUUUUUACAGAGCUCUCACUUUGUAAUGAAAAUUUAAGCCUUCCAUAUAUUGUGCAUUCUCUCUUCUGUGUUGAUUCCUUCCUCGCUGACAACAUUCACACCGCUCGUCAAUAGCUAAGCAGCCGCAGGGGAAUCUUUUCGAUCGUGGAAAUGAGCUUCAUAUCUUGCUCAGGCAAGGGGAUCGGGGGAACAACGUGGGCAUAUGGGUGGGGUAGUCCAUCUCCCGCUACCGUUUCCUAACGCAGGACUAUAAUUGGGAGAAAACGAAGCGUGGCGUAGGUAUCUGAGCCACGACACGAUCUGAAAGUCUGAAAAGAUUGUCUUUUUCCUCCCGAUACGUGUUUUUUGCAUUUACACGAUUUUGUGUUUAAGUUUAUGCUCUUGAGUCCCACAGCUUGUGCAAUCAUGAUGUUGCUUGAAAUGAUACUGGCUGCUGUUUUGGGGACCAUUAUCUACUUGUUCCUGACUAAGAAAAAGGAGGAAGUUCUACCUAUGGGAGAUGGAUGGUGGGCUGCAGGACAGAAGCCUGACUCUGAAGCAGAUACAACGAUACGUCCUUUUAAAGUGGUCACCUCAGAGGAGGAGAUCAAGGAUUUACAUCAAAGACUUGACAAAGCUAGAUUUGUAGAGCCAUUAGAGGACAGUUAUUUUCAUUAUGGGUUUAAUGGAACUUACCUUAAGAAAAUUGUCUCUUAUUGGAGAAACCAAUUCAACUGGAAGAAACAAGUGGAAAUUCUCAACCAAUUCCCACAAUUCAAAACAAAGAUUGAAGGAAUUGAUGUCCAUUUUCUUCAUAUAAAACCUCCGCACUUGUCUGAAGGGCAGUCUGCUAAGCCUUUAUUGAUGAUCCAUGGUUGGCCUGGCUCAGUGUAUGAAAUGUACAAAAUUAUCCCUCUUUUGACUGACCCUGCAAACCAUGGCCUGAAUGGUGACCAUGUUUUUGAGAUGAUUUGCCCUUCCAUCCCUGGUUUUGGAUUCUCAGAGGCUCCUCACAAAAAAGGCUUUAAUCCUAUGUGUGCUGCCCGUGUCUUCUAUAAGUUAAUGCUGAAAUUGGGCUUUCAUAAAUUCUACAUUCAGGGAGGGGACUAUGGGUCUCUGAUAUGCACAAAUAUGGCUCAGAUUGCUCCACGCCAUGUGAAAGGCAUUCACAUAAAUAUAGUAUUCCUGAGCACUAUCAGCUUCAAGCAGCUACUCUCCAUUCUAUUGGGACAAUAUUUCCCAAAACUAUUUGGCUUCCAGGCAGAAGAAAUUCAAAAGAUCUUUCCUUUCAAAAAAAAAGUGCUCUAUAGAAUUAUUCGAGAGAGUGGCUAUCUCCACCUUCAAGCUACAAAGCCAGACACUGUAGGCUGUGGCUUGUAUGACUCUCCUGUGGGAUUGGCUGCAUAUAUCUUGGAAAAGUUUUCUAGAUGGACUGAUCCCAGUUUUAAAAACCUAGAAGAUGGAGGAUUAGAAAAGAAGUUCACUCUGGAUGACCUUCUCACAAAUAUAAUGAUCUAUUGGGCUUCAGGUUGUGUGGUUUCUUCAAUGCGCUUCUACAAAGAACUUUUUUGGAAAGGUAUUGGCGUAGAAAAACAUGAAACGUUCCCUGUGGAAGUUCCCACAGGAAUUGCCACAUUUCCCAAUGAAGUCUUGUACAUUCCUCGGUCAUGGGUUCAAAAGAAGUAUGUUAACAUCGUUUCAUUCAAUUUCAUGCCUCGAGGAGGUCAUUUUGCAGCUUUUGAGGAACCAGAGCUCCUUGCAGCAGACAUCCUACAGUUUGUAGAUAAAGUAGAAAAAGCCGCCUUUGUCCAAUAAAGAAGAAAGGUUCUGAUUGGGUAAUGGGAAUAGUUUAACCUUCAGUGCAGGAUUAUUGAGAUUAAAUAUGGGAAAAGGUGAUUUGGGUUAAACUAUUACCAAUUAUUCUUAGAAACUUUAUAGCUCUGAUUUUUCUUAUGUUAGUUGAUGAAAACUAAACUCAAGAUAAACUGCUCCAAACUCGAUUGCAAAAAAUACGACUUCAGCAACAGAGUGGUCAACGCCUGGAAUGCUCUACCCGACUUUGUUGUUACAGCCUCAAAUCCUCACAGCUUCAACCUCAAGCGGUCUACCAUGGACCUCACCCCAUUCCUAAGAGGUACAUAAAGGGGGCAUGCAUAAGCGCACCUGCGUGCCUACCGUCCCUGUCCUACUGACCCCAUUUAUCUGUACUUACUUCCUUUGUUUAUGUUUAUGUUUGUACCUAUACCUGCUAUCUUGUACAUGUUUGACAAAUAAAUAAAUAAAUAAAUAUUCCCUCUUUUUAAAAAACUCUUGAAACAGUGGGGUGAUAACACUGGCCUAUCUUACAAUACCUUACUCAGAUAAUAUAGAUGGUGCUCACUGGAUAUGCAAACUGCAGCAUUCCAGGAGCACAUAAUCUAUUUCAGGCUGAGCAAAGGUAUUGAGGGGUAUCAAAAAAUAUCAAGAUGGCAAGCAUGACCAUGCAAUCAAAAUCCCAUUGCUUUUUAAUGCAUGUGUGAUGCACGUUAAGGGCCAAGUCUUUGACUGUGCAGUCACACCUGCCAUUUUGACUUCUUUGAGCUCUCUUUGGAUGCCCCUGCUCUAAGUUAUACUUAAUGGCCUGUCUGGACUGUGCUUUAAAAAAAUAAGCAGGGGCAAAGUCAUUGAAUUUAAAACUUUAUGUAAAUAAAUAAAACACAGUUAAUAUAAUUAUUUCUCCUAUAAUUCCUAAUAAUUUCUCUUUUGUCACAUUAAUAAAUCAUAAUUUAGCUGGACCUGUUAAAAGGGAUUGCAUGAUUUACAGCCUUGCUUUGCAUGAAAUACUAAGAACAAUUAUUAAGGUUGUUAAACCAAUUGUCUGAUACUUUUGUCAGUUACUUAAUGUGCCUCCCAGCUGAUAAACUGAAGGCAUGAAAGACCGAUGGAAUAACUCUCAUGUCCUCAGCUUUGAUUUAAUGAUUCUGUGCUUUGUCAAAAAUUAUAUGAACUGAAAGCCAACAAGUCAAGCUUGUGCAUUUUUGAAGGCAUAUAAAAUCAAUCUUAUGGUCCACAGUUUCAGUUCUGGCCCCAGAGUAAAUUAUACAAAUGAAUGUAAAUUGUGUUUACUGACUUUGGGGGAUAAAUUACAUCACUUUGGAACACUUCUGACCAUCAAGAGAAGGUUUUCAAUGGUUAUUUUAAAAAUUAUAUCAUGGAAGAGGGCAACGACAAACCACUUGUUACCAAGAUAAUUGAAGCCUGAUGUCACCAGGAGCUGAGGUUUUUUUAAAAAAAAACAGUCAAAGAUAGAGGCAGUGAAGAAUAAGCUUAGUAGAGAAUGGAGGAACUAAAAUGGUGGUUGUAGGGAUGGAGUAGUGGAAUUGUACAGAACUCAAAGCUUUAACAAUAUUUUUCAAUCUCAAACCACAUCUUCUAGAACUUCUGUCUUGCUUCUGUACAAAGUUAGCACUCACCCCUCUCCUAGAAGAAUGAAAUAUUUUGAGAAAUAUUUAAAAAGGCAGAAUAUUAUAUAUCCCUAAAGGAGAAACAUACUCUUGGAAAGCAGCCCUCACCUGUCUUAAUAGCCCCAGCAGGAUUAGGAAAGCCUAUCUACAAAACAAAAGACCUUUAGCUCCAGGGUGAUGGGAUUAAGACAUGACUCUCCAGGACAUAAUAGGAUUAUCAAGCAGCAGGGCUCACUGCAUUGCAAAAUCUCCUAAGGACAUUGCAUCAGCCCAAGCUUCAACGAAACUUAUCUCAGACAAACUCCUAGGAUUUGCACAUGGCCCCAUGGGAGUCUGACAACAGCCAAUAGAAUACAUAUUCUUGCACAGUAACAGGAAGCUCAAGAGCAAGGUCCAAGAGAAGGUAUCACACAUGCUUGGUGGUUCUGUUUCUUCAAUAAAUGGACCCUCUUUCCAAUCAGCCUCCAGCCUCCAUUUUGUCUCCAGUGUCUUUUUCCCAGCUUGGAACUGAACCAAAUGGAUAUUUCUUCCAACACUUGUGAACAGAGAUCAAAAGCUACCCAAGUAUUUCUAAUUUUAUGUUAAUUGAUGAGUGCUUCUCACACUGUUCACACAUGUAUCUUUUUUUUUAGAAUUCAAUUCUUUUACAGAGCAUCUCUGAUUUAUGCUAUUUGGUCAUCAAAUGUAGCCAAUACAGACUUGAAUCUCAUUUAUUUUUCACUAGCCAGGAGCAUUUCCUGAUUACAAUUCCACUCAGUAAGCUCCCCAGUGGAAAAGUGUAUCUUACUAGCACCUUCAUAAAUUCCCAAAAGUUCUUCAAACAAUAAAGCAGAUUUGGUGGUAAUAUAGGGAAUUGAAGGAUGAGGGAAGAAUCAGUGCAGGCCACUGUGUUAUUAUGGUUAGAGUGUAUAUUGAAAUAUACUAGAUGAAACAAAGAAACAGCAGAAGAAGCUAUCAGUCUCCAAGCAAGUUUUGUUAGUUUCCUGAAUGCAUUUGUUCCUUUCUGACAGUUAAAAAAGAAAAUUUCUGUCAUCUAAAUACAUAAUUAAAAUUCACUCUAGAGAUUGGGAAAAAUUAAGAUAAUAUUUGUCUUCAAACUUAUACCCUUUGCCAAUUUAAAAGUUUCAGGUUUAUAAAUUGCUAAAAAUCAUGGAAUUUAAAGAUAGAAUAUUUUAUACAGUUAUGCUUUAAUAAUAAAUGCCAAUUUUUUGGCUAAUGAGAUUUUGCAAAUGUAAUAGUUGCAUUCCUUCAUAAAAUAUGUAGCUAAUUGAGUAAAUCCAAUUGAAAUAUUCAGAAUAUAGUGUAUGUCUACUUUUUUAAAAUAGAAAAUGAAUCUCAUAAACCUUUUUAUAAAACAAGAGGGUCCCUUGAAAAUCUUAAAUAUUUCAGGAAGGAUAGUGUGGGUUUGAUCUUCAUAAAUCUUAUUACAACAUUCUGUGCAAUUGAAUUCCUUUUAAAACAAUUUCAAUAAAUCAUCAAGAAUUAACUAUGGACAAUAAUUCAUAGAUGGCUUAUUCAAUUAAAAUUGAAUUAUAUUAACUGUCAUUUUUUAAAGAUAUGCGAGGGUUAAACAAAUUGGUCCAUAUUACCAACUUUAGUAGCAAAGCUCAAAAGGCAGUGUUUUAAGUGGAAAGAUUUUGAAGAAAUUAAGAGAUUGCCCAACAAUAUUUUCUUCAAUGAAUUCUAUGUUCAGAUUCCCUAUGCAUAUAAAUUGAUGUAACACAAGAAAUUGAUUCAGUUCUUGCUGUUAGCUGUUUGGAUGUUAUAGAAAACACUGGAAAUAUAAAGUUAAUCUUUCACUAAAUAUCACUAAAGUGCUAUUCAAAAGUGAGCAAAAACCUGUUUUCUGUGGGUAGAAAAAUUAACACAAUAAAAUAAUGAACUUUCAAUGCAGGUUAAAUAUAGCAAAAUAUUAUUGCAAUAUUAAUAAUGUUUUCCCUAUAAGAUUAAUGCUGGAUGUUUAGAUGUUAUUUUGAAUCAACAAAAAUAAUGAGCAAGUACUUUGUAUUUUGAAGACAUACAAAGAUAUACAUUCAUGUAUAUCUAUUCCCAACUAUUAUACGAUGAUAUUUCCCUGUAGCUUUGCGUUCUUAUUCUUUUUUAUUUCCAAAUUCUGAAUUUUGUUUUCUAAAAAUGAAAUAUCUUUCAUUCCAUUUUGUGCCACAAGUUUGUGAUGAUAAAAUGGUGUGGGGGGGGGGGAUUUGAAUGAUUGUGUGUAAUUGUUUGCAGUGUUUAAGCCUGAUAUAGCUUCUUCAAAUCAUAUGCUAGCCAAAUUCAGAGAAGUCUUUCCGUUCAAAAGCUCAAGAGAGAUCAAGGUGAAUUUCUACAGAUCUUGAUGAGAUAAAAAAUGAGAGAGAUUUGUGCAGAUUUUACACUGUUCAAUGGGGUGCUCUAGUAAACUGUAAUGAUGCCAGAAAUGACAUGCAAAAAUAACAGCUAAUCUGGUGUUGAUCUAAAGAAGAUUUUAAUGGAAAAUUCUGACAGCCAAAGAUCCUAACUAGCACUGUUGUGCAUUUCAUUUCAGUUGCAUCUGUGUAUGUGUUCAUGAAGCAGACUAAACAAAAAGACAGGUGUUAAAAUAGAGAGGAGGAACUUCCCCUGGGUUAGCCCAUUCUCUCCUCCUCCUCACGAUUCAAAGAGUGAGGAUGAAAUAUUUCAAGAAGUAGCAUCUUGUGUGCCAUAGAUAAGUGGUGUUGAGGAUUAUCCUACAAACUCAGGGAUGUUAAGGUGUCAGGUUUCUAUUUUUCAUCUUCAAUGUUUUAUAUUUUUAUAUAUCUUGGUUAUAGGACCUUGUGAGUCACAGCCAAACAGCCAAAGGAGGAAGAUUUUGAAUUCUGUUAUUUUCAGAGGUUAAUAUUUCUGUUGUUUCAGACACUGUUAUAAAUAUAUGAUUUUAGUAUAAUCAUCCUGUAUCACAGAAUAAUGGGGUUGUUGGAGGUGCUUUUUGAUGAAUGAAAGGCGGUUUUAUAUGUGAAUAAAUGUAAAUAAAUCUUAUUUAUGUGUAUUGGGGGGCAACUCAAAAUCUGGAGUUUGUUUGUUCUUAAAGGAACAAUGAAUACAUGCAUAUGGCAAUAAAUGUAAUUCCUAAAAAUAAAGGAAAAUAAACUCUAGAAGGCAGUAGGCAUUUUUAAAAUGGUAACGCUUUCAGGAAAGCUGGUGGGGAGGUUAAAAACAUCAAGAUGGCAUCUGUGAUUAAAGUCCCACUACAGCUCUGCUAUAAAAUCUUUUAAGUUCUUAGCAGCAUUUUUUUUAAAGGAAUGUGUAUUAUUUUGGUGAAAGUAAAGUCAUUUCAUGACUUUAUUCCAGUCCCAAAGUUUUGUAGUUAGGGUUGGGAAAAAUACCUGAGCCUCUGCCACCAAUGGUGAUAAUACUGAGUUAAAUGAAUUAAUGAACACGUUUAAUAUCAAAUAGUAUCCUGUAUGUGUCAUUUCUCCUAUAGUCUUCCCACUGUUCUAUCAUAAUGGCUGAUAUGACAAAUUAAUAAAGCAAUAGAUUCUGAUUA